CAAACUGGAUAAUCGAUAUGGGGACUUCACCACUAUUCAUAUCCAAAAUGAGGUGGCGUAUCAGUGUGGUGGCACCAGCUUCAUACUCACUAAUGAAAAAGGGAACCCUAUAAGGGGUAUGCCAAAUACCCGAGGCAAAGACAACUGGAACAAUAAGGCUACUGUUAGAGCUAUUGCAACAUCUAUAUAUACCACAUGGAGACCAUCCAUGUGGAAUUUAAUAAAAAAAGACUAUAGCCAUGUGGACAGCAUAACCAACAUUGAUGAUGAUGACGACGACGAUUUUCUUAUCAGUGCAUUCCCUUUAAUUUCCGAAGUGAAACAUGUUAAUGAAGAUACGAGUCAACCGUCACCAUCCACUGAACCUUUAAUAUCAACUGAACCUUCUACCUCCUCAUUAACAUAUGUCUCAAACACGGAAUUAAAGAGUUUGAUUGUUGAUUUGCAAGAAAAAGUAGCAGCUGGUAAGGAAAAUGUGCCACCACAUACACAAGAAGUUUUGAAAAAAAUUGGGGACAGCUUAUGAUGUAUAAUUUGCAUGGAAAUCUGUAAUUGUGAUAAUCUGUUUUUCUGUAUUCAUUGUGGAAGGAUGGUUGGGUGUUUUACUUGUUGUGUUGGACUGGACAAGUGUCCAACUUGUCGAGAAGAGU